AUGUCAACUUCCAUCUUCGAAUGCAACAUUUGCUACACUUAGUAUAAUGAAUCUAGUCAUAGACCAUUAAUUACUCAGUGUGGUCAUAUUUAUUGCGAAGGAUGUUUACUGCAGUGCACAUUUGUGAAGUAAUAUGAAGACUAAACGAAUGGAGGAAGUACUGAGGUGAAGUAUGAGGCUAAAUUCUACGAUGAAAAUCUACAGUAUUACAUUAAGUGCCCCACCUGCUAGAAAAUUCACUACACUCACCCUUCAAAGCUUCCCUGUGUUUACUCAAUUAUUGCCUAUUUGCCAUCAAAUUAGCCCACUAGUCAAAUUUAAAAUCAACUUACUAAUGAUGCAAGUGGAAAUUAGUAAAUUUCAAGAUCAUCAACUGGAGCUGUUAACAACUUGAAUAGUAACAGCAGUUAAAACAUUAUAUAAAAAUCUGGGAGCAAGUCUGGUGGGAAUCAUGGGCAUAAGAAGCAGCCAAAACUCCUAUAGCCAACGACAUGUUUAAGGCACCCAGAUAAGAAAAUUAAGUACAUCUGCGAAAGUGAUAUGGCUUUCUUAUGUUCUAAGUGUGUUAUUCAGCAUACAGGGGUCGGUCAUGUGAUCUCAGAGUACUCAGUUGACAUUGAAAAAAUAAAGCAUGACUUUCAAGAUGUGCAUUAGAAGUAUCAAGGAAUCCUCUAUGAUGCUGUCAAGAGCAAAUAGUCUUAUGAUGGAUUUGAUAAGAAAUUGAACGAGAUGUGCAAUAGACAGAUGAACAAAUUAGACCUGACAUUCAAGUCUAUAUAAAGAACGCUUGAUAAUAAGAAAAAGGAGUUCGUUAGGAUAAUUAGAGAAUUUUACUGUGACUAGAAGUCUAAACUUGAAUUUGACAGAAUGAAGUCAGGUAAAUUCUUGCAAAAGGUCAAUUAGAUGCAAGAUGAAUUUGAUCGUAUUGAGAAGUAAAUCGAGACUAUAUCGUAUGAAGAAUUCUUCAGAAUGAUGUCCGAAAAAAGUAAAGAACUUGCUAGUUUACAAGAAACAAAUCAAAGUCUAGUCAAAAAUUCUAUCAUGAACGAGAAAUCAUUGACUCUGGCAUUGUUCAUAGAUCAAGUAAAGAUUGCUGAUUUUGGAAAUAUCUAAUACGUGAAAGCUUGCGAAUACAAAGGCAAGACUCAUAAUAAAGAGGGUAAAUCACCUAACAAAGAAAAUGGCAACAGCACUGCCCUGACCUAGCAAUAGGUCCUAGAUAAACAAUAGGAGGAGAUCAAUAAGUAGAAAAUUGAUAGAUCAAAGCAUUGGGCUUUAGAUGAGAAGGUUUCAUAAAAGCUUAAUGAUAUUAUUAACAAAAUUCAUGAUCACUAGCCAAUUACAACCAAAAAUCAAAGCAAUAAAGAAGUUAAGGAUUUCAAGGGUAAUAACUUAGAACUAUAUGACUAAAUGAAAAAAAUAAUGAAUGAGCCGAUUGACAUCAAUUUGAAUCACAACUUAGCUGGAACAAAUUCUAAUAAGAAUCUGAGUUCCACAAUGAACAGUCAUGUUAAUAUCAUAGACUAAGAGAAGGUUGUCUAGAGGGGAGCAAGUAAUCAUACUCCACAUUAUCCAGGACAUUAGCAACUUCAACUGAAUCACCAGCAUAAAUCAGAUAAUGAUGUCAUUGUCGACACCUUUACAAAGCCAAAGAUUGGUGGAUUAAUGUUAAAUGACUACGAAAAGAAUGCAACUACUAAUCAAACUGCAAGGAGAUAAACAUUUGUACCAUAAAUAAGAACUGAUCUUGCGAGCAAUAAGCAAAUACAUAAGACUCACCAUGUUGAGAAGGAAGACUAUUCUGUUCUAGGAGGUAAUUAGGCAAACUUAACAAAUAAUAUUAUAAUCAAUCACAACAGUAACAUUCCAUAACAUAAUGGAUUCUCAAGCAUAACUGGUGGAUCAAUGACUCAUAGGCCGGACAAUAGAUAUGAUAGAUAUGGAAAUUAAUAAGAAAAUGAUUAUGAUUAUGGUCCUGGUGGAACUGCUGAGAAAGAAUACAAAAAACAGAGUCAAGCCAAUUUCAAAGAAGACAAUCAGACCUAUUCAAAGUAUCUCAAUCCAAUAAAGCAACACAGUCAUAAUCAACACUAACAAUAGCAUCUCUAAUUCAAUCAAAAUCUUAACUUGCUUUAGCAAUCAUUAGAUAAGCAAAACGAAACAACCAAUCCGUUUGAAAAUGGACUAAGAUAAUCAACCUAGCCUGUUAAUCUCAACGAUACAGAGGAAUAAAUCUUAUAAGAUUUGGAUAACCUUGAUCUACUCCACUAAAGAAAGAAUCAUAAAGGCAUUAAAGGUGGUGGAGGACAGCUUUCAUCGGAUGAUGAAUAGGUCUUGAACAAUAUGAUUCAAGAAAUUUAAAGCAAAAGCUAAGAGAGAAAGCGCAUUCCAACAAAUACCAAUACUAAUCCCUUGAAUGGAGCUGGCGUGAGAAUCAGAGUUGAAAGUGCUGCUAAUUAAGCUAUUAAUAGCUAUGCUGGUGAUAAUGUCAUGUCAAAUUAAAGGAAGCAAAGUGGAGGCAAUACAGGCCAUCAUUCUAAAAAGACUAAAAAAGAUCAUUCAAAGCCUCAUCAUAAAUCGAGGAAGCUUCACAAUGAUAGAUAUGAAAACCAUCAGGUAACUGGAUCCCAUAAACGAAAUGGCUCGAUGUAAUAUGAGGAGAACUUGAAAGGGGGUGUGAUCACAAGAAAGGGAGAUUAGACUACUAUCAAUCAAGCCUAGACAAACCAAGAUCAAUACAUUGACUACUAGAAGAGUGCAAUCUAGCAGCAUGCCAGUAACUAAAACAAGUACUUAUGA